AUUAUUAUUUUACUUAUAUAAAACAUUAUGCAGAUGAUCCAUUUAUAUACAAUGCAGUUCCCUUUCAUCUUCCUCACAGAGAUAUAUUUAUCAUGUCAUUUAAAGUACGUUCAGACAGUUAUAAAGUCAACGAGCAAUGUUGGUUCUAGCAUAUCAAGAAAUCGUUGAUGUAGGGUGAAGGAGAUGUGAAAUUUCCGUCCGUCGAUUUCACGCAGUUGCAUCGACGGACUCGUUUUGGUUUAUGGUUCUCCAAGAAUUCCGCGUUCCAAAUUCAAAGCAAUUCCCCGCCAGAACACUAGGCGGAGUAACGUGUUUUGUCGAAGACGGCCUUAGAGACGCCUUCUUAGUGGGUGUGGCAGUCGUCGUUGAGCGUUUAUUUACCUUCUCCCAGUCGUGUUCGCCACACAAACCCUGAACGAUGGAUCACCUGAGUCAAAGUGACUUGGACGAGAUCGAGAUGAUUACCAUUCAACAGCAAAUGAUAAUAUUGCGAAGGAGGAUACGAGAAGAACAAUCAGAAAACCGUAGACGGAGACUCAGGUUUUCACCUCUCGCCCGACCUGUGAGGGAUUUGGACCAAACAGAAGAGAUCCGGAGCUUUGUCCACCUGGGACCACACGUUAAACACCGGGCGACGUCGUCCAACUACGACAUGCCCUCAACUGCCAGCAUGGCCAUCGACAAAGGACCAUCGCCAUCAACCUCCCCCGAGCCAUCCACCUCCUCAUCACCUGAGGCCUCCCCCGAGCUAUCCAGCUCUUCAUCAUCUGAGGCCUCCCCCGAGCUAUCCAGCUCUUCAUCAUCUGAGGCCUCCCCCGAGCUAUCCAGCUCUUCAUCAUCUGAGGCCUCCCCCGAGCUAUCCAGCUCUUCAUCAUCUGAGGCCUCCCCCGAGCCAUGCAUCCCCACACCCGAGGCCUUCGUCCAGGCAACAACUUCAGCUUCUCUGUGGCCCAGUUUACCGGCUUCCUUCACCCUGUCCGACCCUCUAGCCUCCAUGAAGCCGCCAUCUUCUCUGUCCCGCAUGGCCAAAAGAAAAAGGCAGAGGCAGCAGGACAACGAGGUGAUGGAGUUUCUGGAACAGAGAUGCACUGCUCUGCUUCAACACAAGAAGGAAGCGGAUCAGUUCAGUCGCUUUGGCGCUACUUUGGCGGAUGUGAUGAGGAAAAUGCCCGCAGAGACUAAGCAUGAAGCCAUGCGCAAAAUUUAUAACAUCGCGGCAGACUUUCUAGAGAAAUGAACGACAGACACUUUAUAUUUUGCAUGUGCUUCAAUAUUUUGUCUACUUGGUAUUGUUUUGCAGUGGUUUUUGCACUUUUUUUACUUUGAUAUUUUGCACCUUGUUUGUAUUCUUCUUGUGUGAUAUAAUAAAAAAUUGGCUGGUUGUGAAA